CUCAUGCCACCUCGUAAAUGUGGCACUGUUUGUAGGAGCUUCGCCUCUCGUGACAGUUUUGAAAGUCUCUCUUGUUGUAAUUCUUAAUGUUUUCUCAAAUGGUCAAUUAAGUGCAGAACUUUUAAAUCUUCUGCCAACCGAUUAUGAAAGACUUCACGUGGCAGACAAUGUAUCAAGCAUGUUUCGUACUACAUAUGUCGACAAAGGGAUUUAUGGCUUGGGCAUGACUUAGCAGACAUAAUUUUGCACUCGGCUAUCUUGAAAUCUGAGCUGUUCCAGUCGGAGAUAAGUUCUUGAAAUGGAACAAACUGCACUUCCCAUGCAGGGUACAUUGUUGGCUAUGAGAAGUGGGACGGCAUUUUCUGUCAAAUACCAGCAGGCGGCCUGAUGUUAAUUCGAAAAUCUCUUGAGCAUUAAAAUUCCUCAUGGUUAGGACGUCAAAGAUCUAUGGUACACGAUCUCAUCUGCCUGAGGAGGAGAGUGCCGAGCAUGUCCUUGGUGAGGAUAUGCGUGAUGUCGAUGACAAUUUUGAGAUUCUUCUUGUGCAUGUGCUCACGAGCACGCCAAAAGGAGAGGAAGAAGAAGCGACAGACUCUCACAAGACAAGCUACGGAUGAAGAAGAGGCCUGUGGUUCUAUAAUUGAGCUUUACACAGAGAGUGAGAGAACCGCCGCUGAAGCCAAACGUGAUCUGAAGCUACACACAUCUCUCUUCAAGAAGAAAAACUUGUCGUUUGCUUCGACACUCUCAAAAGGUUGUGACAAGCGGGAGCUUGGACCAUUAGCAAGCCAUCUCGCGAAUCAUCCAAAGCUUGGGGAUAAAAAAUCGCGUCAAUUUUGGCAGGAUGAGAAAUUACACCAGCUUCUGAAGAGGGGCUUGCUGAGGAUGUGGAGGUGGACGAACAAAUGUGAACGACACAAAGAGAGUCAAAGCCUCUUUCAGAGUACUGCUUGUAAUCAGGUUACGAAAAGAGGGUUAUUUUCGGAUGGGAAAGAUUCUGGGGACACCAUGGAGGAAGAGUCGAGAGUCCCUGCAAUUGCCUGGGGAGAAUCUUCAGAGACAUAUGAGUUUGAAACGCCCUCUUGCAGUUAUAGGCAGGAUGAGAGCAACAAAAGACCGGCGGGCACUCAAGAUCUGGAGGAGACCCUGAAGACUUUGCUGGAUGAUUUCUUGCAGAAAGAUGGGGCGCCAACUUUUAGUUACAAGGAAUGUUUGGAGUAUUUUGGUGACACUUGUCCUUGUCGAUUUUUGCUUCCGAACCAAAUAGCUGGCAUGGACCUCAGAUUUCGAGCGACAUCAUCGUCACUACCUCCAGUGUCUACUGAGAUCGAACUCAGAGUUGAGCCACGGGUUGCAUUCGAGGACUUAGAAUACCGUAGAACUGAGGAUCCAGAGGAACCGGCAGAGCGAGAGGUUGAGAUAAUCCGAUAGCAAUUGUGAGUUUGCUUCGCAGAUGCUCCAUUGAUGCCGAUAUGGGCCAAAACUUUCACGCUUGAAUAAUUUUUGAACAGUGUACACGAUAAGGGUCUUGGACGAUUUCAAACACACGUUUGAGCAUACCUUACAAAGUCAUGUACGGUUUUGGUGGUUUACGCUUAUUCGGUCACAAGGGUGUGGAGGACUUGGAUUGUUAAAUUAGGGAUAUCAUCAUUUAUCCUUCAAGUGCUCUAGGCAGUAGCUAGAAAAGGGUCUUCAGGAUUUUUUCCCCGGUCAUUGAGUGAAUGAUUUGUCAUAUGCUUUUCUACCUUUUGACCCUCUGGGUCCCACGGCUUGAUGUGUUUACCAUUUAUUCAGCAGACAAUGAUGACGGUCGUUUUGGCCGGAUACGACCGAAUAUAACUGUUUAUAUAUU